ACCACGCCUUUAGAUGUACACAAUAUUGUUUAUGAUAAAGUUAUUGAUACAAGUUGAACAGAAAAAAGGCUUACCCCACAUCAACAAAGACUUCCUAAAUUCCAACCCCACGAAGUUUCAGUUUCAUUUCUCUCAUAGUUUUUCAACCUUUUUGAUUUCCCAUUUGUCCAUUUCACCCUCUAUUUUGCUUCCUAACCCAGAUUUUCUUUCACUUUCUUUCAUUUUCUCAGGCAAAAGACAACAUUUUUUUGCUCAAAGGAAACGCGUUAAUCACUACUUUUUGUUUUGUUUCAAUCCAGAACUAGUUGGUUUUGUUCUGUGUUACCUAAUCUACAGCUGCUCUUGCUCAGAAUUCAACUCCAAGGCUGAGUUAACUGGACCUUGAUCUGUUCUUAUCAGAUUUGCAAACUUGAGUUGGGGCUUUAGCUUAUCCAAUUGAAGACAUGCAUGCCUUUUCUAGUGCCUGUACGAAAAAAAGGUUGUAUAUAGUGCACAAAGCUCUUAUUUUUGCAGGGUCUAGGAGAGGUAAUUGAUAAGCAGUCUUAUCCCCAAUUUUUUUUGGGAGAGGCUGAUUCCCAGACUUGAACUUGUGACUUGUCACUUUUGGUGAAGGCACUUGCCAUCAUACCAAGUAAUUCAAGUCCUUUCAGAUUAAAAGGGUAGCUUCUGGUUUGGGGAUUGUUUGAAGCUUUGGUUAGGUACUCUGGUUCUUUGGUUACUUCAUUUUUGUUGUCAUGGCAGAUUUUAGCUCUGUACUUUCUCCCCGUGAAGGGGAUAUACAUGUGAUUGCUGCAGCUCAGCACAUAGUCAAGGCACUAGGGGCAAAUAAAAACCUUGAUGAUGAUUUGAGGAAAAUCCUCUCACAGCUUGACAGCCACUUGUCUGCCAUGACUGUACUCACUACUGAAAGUAGGGGUACAGGAUUCAGAGAGGUUGAGGAGCAGCUCAAAUAUGCUGAGGAGAAGAUCAGGGGUUGGGAGUCAAAUCAAUCAUUAUUAAGGGACUCUGAUGAGUUUGAUCCCUUGGAAGCUGCUGAGUUUUUGAAAGCUAUUGAUGAAAUUCAAGCAUUGAUUGAAGGUUUACGAAAUUUGUCUGUGAAUGGAAAUGGGAAACAGAAGGAACUUCUUAACCGAGCUGACAGCAAUCUGCAGAUGGCAAUGUCAAGGCUUGAGAAAGAGAUAAUACACAUUCUAGUUAAGCACAAGCAAUACUUUCAGCCUAAAAACAUGUCUUUUCGAUCUUGUGUAUUGGAUGUUUUUUAUGACGAAUCCUUUGUUUCAGUUGAGGACAUAACAUCUGAAGAAGCGCUGCAAAGAAAUAGUAGUGGAAAAGAAUCUGACGAAUAUAUUUUUGAUUUGGUUCAUCCACAAGUAAUUCCUCAUCUCAAGUCCAUUGCAAAUGUUAUGUUUGGUGUUAAUUAUGAUCAGGAGUUCUGCCAGGCUUUCAUUAGCGUCCGGAGAGAUGCAUUAGAGGAGUACUUGGUGAUUCUAAAAGUGAAAAAAUUUAGCAUCGAGGAUGUGCUAAAAAUGGAGUGGAGUAGCUUGAACUACGAGAUCCAAAAAUGGGUUCGCGCUAUGAAUAUCAUCAUCCGGUAUCUUGCAAGUGAGAAACAGCUCUGUGACCAGAUUUUGGGAGACUAUGGAUUUGUUAAUCCAUUAUGCUUUGUUGAGAUAUCAAAGGGUUCGUUGGCGCACCUUUUGAAUUUUGGCGAGGCCAUAGCUAUGGGAACACAUGAACCGGAGAAGUUGUUUCGCAUACUUGACAUGUAUGAAGUUGUGGCAGACAAUCUUCUGGAUAUAGAUGCUUUAUUCUCGGAAGAGGCUGGUACUGCUGUUAGGCUUGAGUUCCAUGAGCUUCUAAGGAGCUUGGGUGAUUCUGGGAGGGCAACAUUUUUGAAAUUUAGAAAUGCCAUUGCGGCUAAUGCAUCAACAAGGCCUUUUUUAGGCGGUGGGAUACACCCCCUCACUAAGUAUGUCAUGAAUUACAUCAAGACCCUUACCAUGUACUGCAACACCCUCAAUGUGCUUCUCAGGGACCAAGAAGCAGCUGAUCCAAAUCCAGUUGUUGGGCCAGAGAAUGGACACGGCGUUUCUUCUAUCACACAUUGUCAAAUGGCAUGCCACUUUCGGUCAAUCACAGCUACUCUAGAAUCCAACCUCGAUAGCAAAUCCAAGCUUUACAAGGAUGGUGUUUUGCAGCAUAUUUUUUUAAUGAACAACUUCCAUUACAUGGUCCGAAAGGUUAAGUCCGGUGAACUCAGGCUUUUCUUUGGUGAUGAAUGGAUCAAAGAGCAUAUUGUUAAGUACAAGCAGCAAGCAAUGAGCUAUGAGAGGGCCACUUGGAAUUCAGUCCUUUCUUUUCUUAAGGAUGGUGAUAGUCCAGGGUUAUGUUCAGCUUCAAAGGCAAUUAAAGGCUUCACUAUUGCCUUUGAGGAGGUAUACAAGAACCAGACAGGGUGGUCUAUCCCAGAUCCUGAGCUCCGGGAAGAUUUACAAAUUUCAGCUUCGCAGAAAGUAAUCCAUGCAUAUAGGAGUUUUAUGGGGAGAAAGUCUUCCAGUAUCAGUGAGAAGUACAUCAGGCAUUCUCCGGAUGAUCUGCAGAACUAUAUCUUGGAUCUCUUUAAUGGCUCGCCAAGAAUAUUGCAAAGUUCUCGCAAAAAGUGAAGUCUUCAUUGUAUUAAAUUUUUGCAUUUUCUUUUCAUGUUUCUUCAUCCUAGUCAUGUCAUGAAUACAUGAUGUAUCUGUGUUUGUAUUAUAUCAAAUGUGUCAAGUUAAAAGUUCUUGUGCUGAAAUGGUCUUGUUUUUCAACUGGGAUUAUAGGCCCGCAUGAAUAUUCUUGUAAAAUGGUCUUGUUUUUCAGUUGGGGUUAUAGGCAUGAAUAUGGCAAAUCUAUAUUAACAAGUUUUGUCCUUCAUUUGUA